AUGUCUCUUCCACCGGAUCCUGCCGAAUGGUUUCGAGACCAAGUGGUCUUUCUGACUGGGGGUACAGGAAACCUCGGGGGAUGCUUGUUGUACAAGCUUGCAAUCCAGCUCCCCACAGCAAAGAUCUAUGUUCUUUGUCGGGGUUCGAUGCGUCAAGCAGUGGCGAAAUGGGAAGAGUCCAUGCCAGAACAAAUUGAUGAUAUUCUCGAUACGGGUAAAAUCCACUGUCUUACGGGCGACAUCACUCAGCCAAAUCUAGCCCUAGGCACGAGCGAGCUUGAAAUGCUGCAGAACGAAGUGACGCUGGUGAUUCAUUCAGCGGCGAAUUUCUCGGUCUUUCAAGCCCUCCCUGAAUCUAUUCGGGACAACAGUCUGCCGGUCAUGGAGCUGGGUCGCAUGUUGCUCUCUUUCUGCAAGAUCAGGAUCCUCCUUCACAUAUCGUCAAUUUCCAGCAAGAGCUUUCUUCCUGGGGGCGUGGUACAGGAAAAUGCAGAUCGGCUAUCUUCCAAAGAAGACGCCCCCGAGAAGCAGCUGGCAGAAAUACUGGCUACGGGCAAGUCUCCGUAUACCAAACAAUUUAUCGCGCCUUACGCGCAAUCCAAAUAUCUGGCUGAACAGUUUCUCUUCGAAUUAAACGCCCCGUUCCCAAUCCUCAUCGUGCGCCCCUCGAAUAUCGGUCCGGCUAUUCAAGACCCUUUUCCACUAUAUGGUCCUGAAGGCGCAAUUCCCAUUCACACCUUUUUUCAACUACUUUUCGAAGCAAGCGAGCAUCGCACGUUCGAACACCUUGAUUCCGCACUUCCUCAACACAUCAUUCUCGAAGAAAUACCAGUAGACCUUGUGGCCAACACCUGUCUUCUGCAUCUGGCCUCAGGCUCAAAUGAUAUCGUGCAUGCCGGUUCGCAAUUAUACAGACCUAUCACCUUUGGCGAAUACGUAAAGCAACUUCGCCGCUAUGCACCACGGCCACUGGUGGAGAAAAUGAGCCGAGUCAGGGUGAAAAUGAACGCCCAUUUUGCUGAAAAAUCAAAUGAUAUGCUUGAGCACAUAUGUCGGGACUGGAGGGUUGAUUGUACACGCUCAAAGCCUUUAAAGUCGACAGGGGGACCGAUUGGACUGGAUAUCUCUAGUCACAACUUUGAUUCCUUUUUUGAAAAGAGGAUUUCUCGACGGGCGAACAAUUUGAUGUCUUGGAUAGACAGCCUCGAGUCCACUGCUGGGUAA